GUUAUAUUGUUUCUAAUCAAGGAGUAAAGAGAUAGCAAGAUAAUGUCAAUGGGGAGAUGGAGGUCUGUGGCGGUGAUUGUAGUGAUAAUUUCAGUAGUAAUUGCGUUGAGCAAGAAAUAUGGAGGAGGGGAGUUGAUGAACAAAGAUAGAAUGUUAGAGUUAUUGAAGGAGAUGACAGAUCGGCUUGGAGUGUGGGCCAUACCAGCUUAUGUGGCACUCCAUACUAUAACCCUAGCUCUAUGUCUUCCUUAUGCUGUUUUCUUUGAGGCUGGUGCUGCUCUUCUAUUUGGUUUCAUUCCUGCAGUUUUCUGUGUCUUCUCUGCCAAAAUUCUUGGAGCUUCUCUAUCAUUUUGGAUUGGAAGGUUGGUAUUUAGAAACUCGAGAUCUGCUAUGGAAUGGGCUCAUAGAAACAGAUACUUUAACAUACUUUCGAAUGGUGUUGAACAAGAUGGAUGGAAAUUUGUUCUUCUUGCUCGAUUCUCUCCUAUACCGUCUUAUAUAAUAAACUACGCAUUGGCAGCGACAAAAGUAGGGUUUGUUUUGGAUUUCCUUCUGCCUACAAUCAUGGGUUGUCUCCCAAUGAUAUUACAGAAUACAUCCAUUGGAAGUCUUGCUGGAGCUGCUGUUGCUUCGGCAACUGGUUCAAAAAAGUCCAAUUUUUUGUCUUACUUUUUUCCCAUUCUUGGAAUUUCAUCAAGUAUUAUCAUCUCCUUGAGGAUCAAGAAAUAUACUUCCAAUAUGUCAUUUGCUGCUGUACAACCACCACCCACCACUUCUAGUAAUUAACUUUUUUUAUAUAUAUAUUCCUAUACAGAGGAGGCUUGAACAAGUAAAGAGAAAUUGAUUUAUUUUCAUAUAUUGAACUCUACUUAGCCUACAAAUGUGACCAAAAGCUUAAGAAAUGUAAUCCCUUACUCUUGUCAAGAACUCAGGACCAUCAAGAUAUUUGAAAUAUACUUCUUUUUU